AACAGGUACUACAAUAGCACUUCAUUUAACAGACAAAACAUGAAAAAAUAUCAUAAACGAGUGCAAAACAUGUAUUCCUUAUAAUCAUUAAUCACACCAGAUAUGAAAAUAAUGCAAUAAAAGCAUCAAGUAAACGAGUUUUUGCAGAAAAUAGUGGAAAUUGGCCCUAAGAGCUGGACGCGUCGGGGUCUCAGGUGUUUUCAAACAGACGCUCCAAAAGGGCGUGGACACGGGUGAGACAAUGGCGCUGUGUCGGGGUGGAGGAACGUCCUGCUUCCUUCUCCUUCUGCUGUGCCUCCUUCCCGUCCUCGCACAGGAUCUCGGGAGGCCUGAUGAUGACCCCAGAGGCAUACAGUAUGGCUCAGAUAACAGGUGGAGGAACGUGUUGCAACUUAAUAGUCCGCGAAUGAGGAAUCGGUACAACCACCCAACGCACAUGAUCUUGGCUCCCCGCACGCUGCGUCCAGGAGCUGUCUAUCGCUGUGUUGUGUCUGUCCUGUACCUAGAUCAUCCUGUUGACGUACGUGCAUCCCUGCAGAAGGAUGGCGUGGAAAUCGCAUCGGCCAAACAGGAUAUCAUUAAGGGAUAUCCAGAGACUUUACUCUUACAGAUUAUUUUUGUAUCUGAAGCUAAUGCCAUACUGGUCCUGUCAUAA